UGCUACUAAGUACUGCCACUCUCUCAAACUCCAAUUGCGUAAGUAUAAACAUACACAAGAAACGGUUCUGAAUGCAGAUGGCACUCCAAAUCCUUUGCAAGUUAUUGAUGUGUAUGGUUCCAAACGAGGACCUAAGGUGAAACAGCAAAGUCAGAAACCUACUGAAGCUGCUACUUCGAACCCUGAUCCAAUCAUACCCUUUCCUCCUAACCCAUUGGUGCUGAAUGCAAAUCCACAAGAUCAGGAUCCGAGACUGUUGGAAAACUUGAAGAGGCAAUCUGCAGCUUCGGUGCCGGGCGCUUCUCAAGCCACAAUCCAGGCCGUAAUCCACGCUUUCCACCGAGCUGAAAAAAAAGUCUUGAGUAUGCCCUUCAUGGUCGAGCCAACGUCAAAUAAUGAAUAUUCCGGGGAUGGAGAAGAUGAUGGAUGUUUCACCACUAUUUUCGAUAAUGUAGAAGUGGUUCAAGAUAUGAACCCUGAAGAUGCUAGUAAUUCAGUAACAAAUAAUGGUAACCAAAACAGUUGUCAGUUUUGCGGUCUCACCCUUGGAGAUCCAAUGAUGUAUACCAUCCAUAUGGGUUACCAUGGCUUCAGUAAUCCAUUUACGNUGUUGCUGAUACUCGAAGUGUAUUUGAGUAUGCUCUUGGUGAGCAACAAAUUCAGAAUACUCUGUAUUCCAGAAGAAACCGUGGAAAAAAUUCCAACCCAGUUGAGCAAAACUGAAUUCUGGAAACUCAAACAACAGGAUAUCCUCCCUUAUAUGAUGCGCGAUAUGGGUCAAAGCUCCUUUACACCGCCCAGUUCAGAUUCGAUGACAUCACCGAAAGUCCGCGAAACUGAGAAAGAGAACUCAUCCCCACUAGUACAAAUGACAAAGGAUGAUUUGAGGAAGCCUCAAAUAAUCUUAGAGAAGGACAUAUGCAUGUCAACGAUGUUGUCUCCAAAGCCAAGCGAAUGCCGAGUAAAAUACGUUCAAGAAGGAAAAAUAUGA